CGAACGCAGCCUUUAUAGAUACCCCGUAAAACCUAAUUUACUCAUUUGUUAUGUUGCUAUGCUAGAGAACGGUUGAUGUAAGAACGACAACGAUAGUUAUAGUCGCGAGAGUCUUCGUCGUCAUCAACAUGGACAAGCUUACGAAGCCACAGAUAAUUUGUCAUAUCGAAAAAUCAGUGGAUUACUCACUGUUUGACGCCAAGUGGAUACCAUGCAGCGCAAAAUUUGUAGUGAUGGGCGCACGACCUAGAGGUACCGGCAUCAUUCAAAUCUACGAGGUGUCCAGCGGCGAAUUAAAGUUGAUCAAGGACAUUGAGAGAUCCAAUCAGAUGAAAUGCGGCACAUUCAAAGCUUCUAAUAUUCGAGACCGACACUUAGCUACUGGCGAUUUUAAGGGUAAAUUAAACAUCUACAAUCUGGAAGAUCCUUCAAUCCCAAUUUACAGCGUUAAUGCUCACAAACAGAUCAUAAAUGCCAUUGAUGGGGUAGCUGGUGCUAACGUAGGAUGUGGCGCACCUGAAAUAGUGACAGGAUCCAGGGAUGGUAGCGUAAAAGUAUGGGAUCCAAGGCAAAAAGAUCGGCCGGUUGCUAUCAUGGAGCCUAGAAAAGGCGAAAAUCCGCGAGAUUGUUGGUCAGUCGCGUUCGGCAAUGCUUAUAAUUCUGAGGAAAGAGUUGUAGCUGCAGGAUACGACAAUGGUGAUGUCAAAAUGUUUGACUUAAAGAUGAUGUCAGUGAGGUGGGAGAGCAAUCUGAAGAACGGAGUCUGUGGUCUUGAAUUUGACAGAAGCGAUAUUCCUAUGAAUAAGCUGGUCGCCACUACACUUGAGUCUAAAUUUUAUCUAUUCGACCUAAGAACUCAGCAUCCAAAGAAGGGCUUUACAUAUCUUAUGGAAAAGGCUCACAAAUCAACGAUAUGGCAGGUCAGGCAUUUGCCUCAAAAUCGAGAAUUAUUUGCGACCUGUGGUGGUGGUGGAACAAUCUGUCUUUGGAAAUAUAAUUAUCCAGAGAGAAGAAAAACCACUGAUACCGAAGGGAUCGAGCAAGGAGUCGCCGGUACUGUCAGUCUUUUGCAGAAUUGCACACUUUCGUCGCAACCCGUAAGUUCACUAGAUUGGUGCUCGGACAAACAAGGACUCGCUGUUUGCACUUCGUUUGAUCAAUGUUUACGUGUCAUCAUCACUACGAAACUGAACACUUAUUAAUUAGAUGUAGCAUAGAAGUGUUUAUAAAUAAAUCUAUUUUUUAUUUAUUUAUGACGAAAAAUUUAAAUUUGUCUCAGCACACGUAUGUGAUGUUAAGAUAUUUUCUCGUGCUGUAAAUAAACAUUCUGAAAGCGUGUCCCCCUUAAA